GGCAUGCCGCCGGAAAUUAAAUCGAACAUUGCAGUCGUUGCAGUCUUCUUCGCAGGAAGAUGGAUUGCAGCUGCGAUGACUGCGCGGUCUGUUCAGUCGGUUCUGUCUACAGGCAGUGAAUUCAAUCUGCCCACCAACGUCAACUGCGGCAGCAACAUCUCUGGCUCUACAGUUGGUUUGAUUGGAGGUGUCCAAUCACACCGAUUUUGUCCCAACGAGACAGGCAGGGUCGAGGCAAGCACCUGUGGCUCCAGCUUCUUUCCAGGGGUCUCCAGCAAUACGACUACACUGCCCUGCAGCCAGACAUGCAAUAGUGGAGAGUGUAUUGCAUUCAUCUUCAGGCCUGGAGAGUGCUACGAAAUCCUCGUCGAAUCAUUCGGCCAGGAAGGGGAUUACUUGCUAUCCAUGACUUGCAUUAUCGCAACAGAUGUACCAGUUCAGUGUGGCGACACCACUUCCGGCUCAACAGUGGGUCUGCAAAAUUUGAGGGGGUUUCAAUCAGGUGACCAACUUCAUCUAUUUUGUCCCACUGAAACUGGUACAGCCCUAGUUGGCACUUGCGAGUCUGAUUUUGAUACCGAGCUGUAUAUCAAUGGCCCAGAUGUUGAUAUCAGCUGCGACGACGACUGCAAUGGCUAUCCACCGUGUGGCAAUGACGAUUUGAAGGAAAAUGCGCUGUUCGACUUCAAGGCUGGAGCAUGUUAUGAUAUCAUUGUGGGUGGAUAUGGCGAUCAAGAGGGAAACUAUGCUCUAUCAAUCCUUUGCGCGAACAGGAACAGCUCCAAGAUAGAUAUCGCAUGUGGCAGCAACAUCUCUGGCUCGAUUCGAGGUGUCCAAUCACACCGAUUUUGUCCCAAUGAGACAGGCAGGGUCCAGGCAAGCACCUGUGGUUCCAACUUCGACGCAAUGGUCUACACCAUCGAUCCCACAGCACAAAGACUGGAUAACGAGUGCGGUGACGGCUGUAAUGCAGCUUGUAUCGAAUUCGGCUUCAGGCCAGGAGAGUGCUACAACAUCGAGGUGGGCAAAUUCGGAUCGGAGACGGAGGGUGAUUACGUGUUGUCCAUCAAUUGCAACGUACAAAGUUCCAUAUCCAUAUCCAUUCAGUGCGGCGACAAAGUCUCCGGCUCAACAGUGGGCCUGCCAGAUGUGACAGGUGAUGGAGGGGCGGGCGAUCAAGUGCACAAGUUUUGUCCCAGAGAGGAUGGGACGGCCUUGGUUGACACUUGUGAAUCCGAUUAUGAUACCAAGCUGUAUGUCAAUGGCCCAGGUGUUGAUCUCAACUGUGACGACAGCAGCUGCGGCAUGGCUUGCGGCUUUGGCAGACAGGAAAGUGCGAUGUUUGACUUCAAAGCCGGCGAAUGCUACGACGUCAUUGUCGGUGGAUAUGCCAACAGCGAAGGAAAUUACGUUCUAUCAAUCAGUUGCCCGCAGAGGAAUGCCUCUACUGGCACCACAGCAACAACCACAACAACCACAACCAGGGAACUAAUAAGCAUUGAAUGCGGCAGCAGCAUCUCCGGCUCCACAGCUGGUUUCAGACAGCCAUUCAGCUUCUGUCCAAACGCUACAGGCAGGGUUUAUGCAACCACUUGCGGUUCCAGGUCAUUUACAGAGGUCUCCAGCACUGCCGCAGAACUCAAUACUGACUGCGGGGCGGAUUGUAACGCAGGCUGUAUCGAAUUCAACUUCAGGUCCGGAAGGUGUUAUGAAAUCCUGGUGGGUGAACUCGGAGCAUCAGCGCAGGAUUAUGUGCUGUCCAUGAAUUGCACUUUUCCGAACGCAACAGCUCUUCCAGUUGAAUGUGGCAGCAAAGUCACGGGUGUUACAGUGGGCCUGCCAAGUUUGAGGGACGAUCCAGCAGGUGACAAGGUGCAUCAUUUUUGCCCCAACAGAACGGGUAUAGCCCAGGUCAGCACUUGUGAGUCCAGGUUCGAUACCAAACUCUAUGUCAAUGGAACAGAUGUCGAUCGUGAGUGCGACGAUGACUGUGGCUUGGGGACCUGUCGCCGUGGCCUGGGUUUUGGAAACAAUGAGUUUCUGACAUUUGACUUCAAGGCUGGAGAGUGCUAUGACGUCAUUGUCGGUGGAUUUGCCAACAGCGAGGGAGAGUACGUUCUAUCAAUUGAUUGCGUCGACCAGAAGGUACUUGAAUGUGGCAGAAAUUCCACUGGCUCUACAGUUGGUUUGCCCAGUUUGAGCCCUCAGACUGUAGCAGGUGUUCAGCCAUUCAUAUUCUGUCCAGGUACUUCUGGCAGAGCCUCCGUGUCCACUUGCGGGAGCAACUUCAGUGCUGGCGUUGGAAGCGGCCCGGUGGUGUUCACCAAUGCUACCCAACAGAGUUUCGAUUGCAGCGCUGAAUGCAAUGCAGCCUGUGUUCGGUUCAACUUCAGGUCUGGAGAGUGCUACCGGGUCUCACUAGGUGGAGACGAGACAUCAGAGGGGGACUACGCGCUGUCGCUGAGUUGCAUCAUUCAGAACACAACAGCUAUUCCAAUUAGUUGUGGCAGCACUGUUACUGGCUCAAUCGUUGGCCUGCCAAGUUUGAAGGGAGAUGCAUCAGGCCGACGUCACAUCUUCUGUCCAAACAGCACAGUCACAGCUCAACUCAGUACAUGCGGGUCCAACUUUCGCACUUCGCUUUACAUCAAUGGUAGCGACAUAGAAUAUGCAUGCGUCGGUGGCGCGUGCUAUUCUUUUGCCAGCUGUUCAGCGGCAGAAACUACGCUGAAUUUCAGGUCUGGGGAGUGUUACGACAUCAUUGUUGGUGGGAUCUCUGAGUGGGACGAGGGCGAAUAUUCAUUGUCGGUGACCUGUACAUCUAUCACGGCAUCAAAUAUCACUUGCCCAACAUACCUCUGGGACGGUGAACUAUUGAAUGGGAUCCGUGAUUUUGCCCAUCCUCUCAUUGUUUGGGGCUCGUCUGAUGAAGCAGAACAAUCAUUCACUGGCCCAGAGAGCCCUUUAGUGAACCACAGCCAAGUUAUACUGGCAAAUGCAUUCCGCAUUGGCGUAGAAGUGCGAGACAGAUUAGUUGAUGGCCUCAUCGGACAAAGCAUUCACCUGCUUGUUUUCGAGGAUAUACAAAACAUCCGUGACAUCACAGGGUGGAGUCUUGAACAAGCAUUCUGUCCGCAGUCAGCAGCACUACAGAUGCAGGGCGGUGGAUUUUCAGCAGGGCCCAACAGUCUCCCCAGCAGAUAUAGAUCAUGUGUCCAGAGAGAAGAGCUGCCGGCCAACACAGAUGGACUGUAUGGCAGUGCUUCCGUCGCUGCUUGGACAGCUCCCUAUGAGAAGGGCCGCAUCACAUACUACGCAAGCAGUUUCAGUGAAUCCUCCCUAACAGAUGAAUGGAGACAGCUGAUUGCAAGCUCAAUUGGUUUGGUUUGUGCCGGAGAAGUAGUCGUCAGAACUGGCAACUCCAGCACUACCACCACUACGCCUGUCCCUGUGGUAUGUGGCAGCGUUGUUAGUGGAACCAUCGUCCAGGGAGGCUCUCUGAAUGACGGCUUCAAGAAGCACACGUUUUGCACUCCUGAAGAAACAAAUGGCCUCGGACUGGGGGAAGUUCUCUUCAGCACUUGUGGCUCUUCGAUUGACACAUCGCUCACCGUGACUGGACCAAGUGGUGAGCGCUGGCAGUGCACAAACUGUGGGAGAUGCGGUCAGAAAGCAGAGCUGAAGGUUUCGUCUCUUGGAAGCAGCCGUUGUUAUGAUGUAACGGUUUACAGCAGUGGAACCGACACAGGCAACUAUUCCCUGUGGGUGUCAUGUUGCCAAGAAGAGCUUUGCAGCGGCAACGGCCUCCCAAGACACACUGCAUGGGGGCCACCUAUGGCAAAUGCUACUGGCUUCGAUUUGUGCAGAUGCAGUUGCCGUUGGCCCUUUACCGGCACUGCGUGUGACCAGUGCAAUGAAUAUUCUUUAUCUGUACCAAUCGCAGGUGCUUGUGCGAAUUGCUUUUCAGAAAGCUCCAUUGAUUUUUACCGUGUUGCGUUGGAAAACUCAAUUGUGACAUGGUCCCCAUCACUCUUGCACCCUGAGUGCGAUACGAUCCGUAUCCGAUUCGAAGAGUACUCCUCCACUAUUGCCAUCCGGACCGAAUAUCAGAAUGGCAGCCUUGCUGUUUUCAUGGGCUCAUGUCCUUUCCAAAACUUGUACCGGCUGUCUGGAUGGAUCGUUGCAGGUGCCAGGCAAAUGGGGAGAGUCAUUUGCGUACCAAAGUUCACUUGCGAUUUCGAAAUUUUCGCUGGUGCUAGCUUGGACUUUUCACCCGACAACAGGUCAGUGAACGGUACGAACUUAGUUUCCAUGCAAAUCUUGACGCUGCAUGACGAGCGUGUAGCUUUGGCUGCGCUUGCAAUGCUUGAACUCCUAGCCUCCUUCAACUCAAGCAGAAGUGCCACCCUGCAUGAUAGAUUUCGAAAUAGCUUGAGAUUCAGCUUAAGCUCAGUGUCAGAGGCCCAGCAGUUCCUAAACAAUGUGCUGCAGUCAGAACCAUCCCAAGACUUUUGCGUGAAUCCUGCGGACAUUUCUUUGCCAGCUGUUGAUCCAGAGACUGAGCUUGUGGUGCUGUUGGGACGGCUUUGUGGAUCGCGCCAGGAAAUUCAAAGUUUAAUGCGUCCAGUUCUCCAGCGAGGCCGUUCAAUUCUUCUACUGGGAGAAGCGGGGGAGUUGCCCGAAUUCAUGACAAAGAUCAACAUCAGGGUCUCAGAAGUCGCAGAUCAGACGUGUACCUACUUCACUGCAUGGCUUCAGUAUCGCUCUAAUGCACAAUGUGUUGAAACAACAGAUGAAGUGACGUUCUCGCCGCUUCGAACAACGGCUUAUCGCCGCAGCGUCUUGGAAUUCCCUGGGCUUUGCUCGAUAGCAUCAUGCUGCGUGGGUGUGUCGUGCUCAGGAUUCCUCUUGGCUGGUCCAACAGCAAGCUGUUACACACCAUUAUUGGAAUCGGGUGACUACAAUGUCAGCGUCAUUUUCAAGAAUGGUACCAGAGCUUUUGCCAAACACAGGCUUCAAGUUCAGUUUCCUCUGCAAACCAGUUCCGAACCACAGCGCUACGUGUCGUCUCCCAAUAGAUUGUCUGGAGUCUUUUCAGUCUGGACCAGGGAGGUUCGCUUUAGUGCACCUUUCUUAUAUCUCUCAGACCUUUUCGACCGAACAUGUUGCGACCUUGUAGCAAUCGGAUUCGACCUGACUGUCAUGGGCAGACUGAAGUCAAAAGUGUGUGGCGAACGGGGAUUUUCAACCACUGUUACCCUUCCAGAAAUUGAAGAUGAAAAUGCGUUUCCCCAGCCAGUGCGAUUUUUUGCCUGGCGCUGCUUUGCUGAUGUGUCACAAGCACUCGUGGAUGGAAGCAGUUGUAGUGUUCCCCAGCCUGGCCAGCUACCAGUUGCAAUGAAUGCUUUGAGUGCUGCAGGUUUGCUUCAAGAUGCAAGAGACCAGUUACAGACCUGGAACCUGCAGCGGCGCAUUGAUCAAUAUGUGGACUCUUUGCAUAUCAAGCGCUGGGCUUGA